AUGGCGGCUGCUGCUGAGCCUGCCCUAAGAGUCUAUCAACGAGACAUGAGCCAUGGCACCAUUGCAGGAACCGUCGUUGGCGUUGUCGUCGCCGUGGCACUGUUAGCCUUUUGUCUUUAUCCCGUUGUACUUUAUCGAAUCAAACGCCGAAGGCGAGCCCGGCGUCCCGAGUUUGAUGCCGAACCAGGGCAUCUCCCUCAGCCUUUCAGCGGCCCCGGGCACGAUCCGAACUCACAGCGUCGCCUCUCGUCCACAGAUUCACUCAAGCAGAAUGGACACGUCACGCGCGGUGACUUUGGCGCCUUUCACAACAAGGACAUCGGUCGGUCCUCCCAGAAUGGCCAUGUCGCACAGUCUGACGGAAAUUCUAGCCCGUCGAGGCGGUCUGCGCAAACAGAUGACGCUUCCCGACGAGAACAGGGCCAUCGUACUGGCGAUGACUUCUUAAACGACAAUGUGGCGGACAAAACGCCAUUCCCGUAUUAUUUCGAAAACACCCCGGCCGCAGCGGCACACGAUGAUAAUCCAGGUGUUCUCAAGGGAACCAGUGCUGAUUAUUACAGCCCGUCAAUACCCUCCGAGGCGUUUGGCAUGAUCACAACGCCAGAGCCUGCCAAGCAAGCGCCUCGGGCAUUAUCCCUAGGAACCUCUCUUAGAAGCCAGUUCAAGCACAUGUUCCGCCAUCAGAGAAGCCGCGAAAACUCUCUUGCUUCGGUACUAUCUAGCGACGACAAAGUAGCUGCCGCAUCCCAGGCACCCCGAGGCACGGAAUUUGGGCAAAUACUCACGUCUGGGCGUGCAACUGACUCUCCCAACGAGCUUUCGCCCACCACGAUAUCCAUGCCACCACCUCUUGUCCCCAACAUGACGCAGCCGCCAGAGAAAAAAGAAUCAUCCGUGUACCCUCCACAACCACCAAUUCAGACCCCGCCGCAAUCACCACCAGCGCCUCCCGAAAGAGUGCUCAGGGUAUCGCCUUCGCCGCCUAUUUUUCCAGCUCCCGGCACUGUGAAUCCUAUGGAUAUUAUGCCUGCGUCAACAGAGUCAGAAGUAUGGCACAGAACUGAGCAUCAAUUGCAUGCCUCCUCAUACGGAUCCUCACCGGGGCUUUCGUCCUCUGGUGACUCAGCCGAGCAAGAGCAUUUCUCAACAUUUACUCCUUUGCCGAGGUCUGUACUAUGUCCGUCGGACGACGCUCAAACCGCCCAGCCAGCUACUCCGACGAGUCAAAACGCUGCUCGGGGGUUGCAGGUCAUGAAUGAAAUGGAUGUGCCGAUGAUUGAGCUGCAUAGCCACAAUCACCUGAGCCCAUCCAUGGUUCCCGACAAUGGCCGACAUGAGAGUUGUACCUCGGACGGAUCAACUCAAUACCACGGGCCGCACUCGACCCGGCCCUCCACGGAAAAUACCCCUUCAACACAGUUCGACAGUCCUUCUCCAGGUUCAAUGAAUAGCUCCGAAGUCCGCAGUAGUGCCUCUCCGCAACUCGGGUUAGCAUCUCCAAGAACGGGGCUGUUUCGAUGCGACGAGCCUGGUUGCAUUCAAGUUUUUGAUCAGCCACACAAGCUCAAACAUCACCAGCGCUAUCACAUCAAGGAACACAAAUGUCCUUACCGUAACUGUGACAAGGGCUUUGGAACCAAGACGCACUUGCAACGGCAUAUAAAUGAUCGCCACGAGAAGACGAAAAAAUUCCACUGCGCGUUUCCAGAGUGUGACUAUUCCAGGUCUGGGGGUAAAGCGUUCCCUCGUAAAGACAACUGGAAGCGGCAUAUGACUAAAAUUCAUAAUAUGGAUCAGCAACACCUGCCAGAACCCAUAGAAGUCGAUCAGGAUAUAGGCGGUACGUGA